UUGGACUUUCAAAAUAAAUAAUUAAUAGGUUUAGAAAAUGAUGGAUAUAGCAAGUGACGAGGAAGAUACCCAAAUAGAAGAACGUAUGGCUCUUAUUGUUGGACCUAGAGCAGAACAUGAUGAGUUGAACAGACGAAAAGAGUUGAGAAAGAGGCUUGGUCGAAAAGCAGUCCGAUAUAGGCGAUGGAUUAUGCAGACAACGUUGGAUAAACUGCAUUCCGUGGCGAAUCCACUAAACGAUGGUCAGGAGCCCACUGAAUUGUUGCCUAAUCAAGAUGUUGAGCCAAAACAAAUGAGACAAAAUGGUGUUAGUCUUGAGUUUAGAAGGGUUGUCCAAGAGGAAACUGAACAAUUUAUGUUACAGAGCAGUUCUCAACAGGCUGUAGUCACUGAGACCCAAUGGUAUCUAAGGCUGGUCGAUGAAAUUCCUGUUCCGUUCAGUUGGAGAGAAAAUGUUCUGCAAUGGGUAAAUAUUUUAAAAAUAAAGUCGAAGGUAUAUAAGAAAAUAAAAUAUAAAUAA